GCAACAGUUCGCUAUUUCGGCGUUGAGUAGCGUUGCCAAGUGUAUACGAUUACUUUUUCUACUUUUAAAACUAUUUCCAAAAGCCAGACAUGGCGGCGCUUAGUUUUGUAAUUCCCAUGUCGGUAAUGACUUUGUUUUGGGGGAUUAUUGGUGGAGUUGUGCCGUGGUUUAUCCCCAAAGGACCGAACAGAGGAGUGAUAGUUACCAUGUUGGUGCUAACUGCUGUCUGCUGCUACCUGUUCUGGCUGAUAGCGAUCCUGGCCCAGCUCAACCCUCUGUUUGGACCAGCUCUAAAGAAUGAUACCAUUUGGUACAUGUACUACCACUGGCCCUAGUCUACCAGCCCUCAGCCCCUCUCCUGCUACAGAGGAGGACCUGACUCACUGCUGUACACCAAUGAAGCCCUCACUUGAUCACCUCCUCACGAAGGGAACUGUUUUUGUAUAGCUUAAGCCUUAACCCAGCCUUUGACACCUGACCUUGGUGAGAGUGGAGAGAUGCCUGCAAAGAUGAUUUGUACAAACGGAUCCCCAAAAGGACUUUUCUAGAGAAAUCCUCUUUAGUGCUUUAAGAAUAAAGUAUCAACCUUUGAUUUGUAUGUUCUGUGUGAUGUGCUGCAUGACAUUUUGAUUCUCUAACAUUGAUAUAUGAUAUUGUCAAGGCAUGUUGCUAGUUAGCCUAGCCCAUUUAUAUAUGCUAACUACCUUUAGCGCCUAUUGACGACAGUAUCUUCUGGCCAGGGGGAGUUUUGUUCCUCUAAACGUUAACACGCAUUGCUUGCGGUAUGGUUAAAUUACUACACACCUUUUAUAGGGUUAGGGUUCCCACACUGCCAUAUUCCCAUGUUAUAGUGUUUUGUUUAUGGAAAAAAGACAGGAAGAUUGACGGGACUACAUGCUAAUUAGCCACCUGUGAUUGUGUAAAGGGAAGAAACACGCCACACGUGUCACAGAAAAAUACUGUCAGGUGCAACCACGUUAAAUCAGUGUAGUAAGUAUAUAUUUUGCAUUUGUGAAAUUAUUUUGAUGUGGUUUGAAAGUAGAGGACUUUUCUAGAACCGUACCACAAUGGAGAAUCGAUUCAUGAUUAGAUGGAGUAUUUGGCUGUUUUGGCUGCCAGAGCCAAUUCCCCUCUAAACAGUAACAUUAGGUUCCUUUAGUCCAUUAUUGGACUCUCCGUACCCCAUAAAUAUGUAUGUUGCAUGUAAUGCAGGCUUUUUUUAAAUUCCAUAUGUCCUUCAUUGUGUGUGUGAUGGCAUUCAUUAUUGUCCUUAGAAAUGUUAGAUAUUAAACGUCAUCAAUCAGU